AUGCCUCGCCAGGCCGCCCCGCGGUUGGUGGGGGGAGAGGGCGGAGGGUCCCAGGGGGCUUGGGGGGCUGUGGCCACCAUGCUCCGCUCCCUGCUGCUUCACGCCCUGAGGCUCUGCGCCCAGACGGCCUCGUGCCUCAUGCUCUUCCCGCGCUUCCUCUGCACGGCCUUCAUGCUCUGGCUCCUCGACUUCCUGUGCAUCCGCAAGCAUUUUCUGGGCCGCAGGCGCCGGGGUCAGCCCGAACCUGAAGUAGAGCUCAACAGUGAUGGUGAGGAGGUGCCCCCCGACGACCCACCAAUCUGCGUGUCCGAUGACAACCGCCUGUGCACCCUGGCGUCGCUGAAGGCGGUGUGGCACGGCCAGAAGUUGGAUUUCUUCAAGCAGGCGCACGAAGGCGGUCCGGCGCCCAAUUCCCAGGUGGUCCUGCCCAACGGCUUCCAGUACCAGCACAUCCUCGAUUACGCGCGAGGAAACCGCCCACUGGUGCUCAAUUUCGGCAGCUGCACCUGACCACCGUUUAUGGCGCGCAUGAGCGCCUUCCAGCGCCUGGUCACCAAGUACCAGCGCGACGUGGACUUUCUCAUCAUCUACAUCGAGGAGGCGCACCCCUCCGAUGGCUGGAUCACCACAGACACCCCCUACAGCAUUCCGCAGCACCGAAGCCUGGAGGACCGGGUCAGUGCGGCACAGGUACUGCAGCAAGGUGUGCCUGGCUGUGCUCUGGUCCUCGACACCAUGACCAACUCCAGCAGCUCAGCCUAUGGCGCCUACUUUGAGCGCCUCUAUGUCAUCCAGAGUGGCAUCAUUAUGUACCAGGGUGGCCGUGGCCCUGAUGGCUAUCAGGUCUCCGAGCUGCGCGCCUGGUUGGAGCGCUAUGAUGAGCAGCUGCACAGUGAUCUGCCCCAGCGAGUGUAGACAACCAUGGACAGUUGACUGAGCUUGGAGGGCUGAGCCUUCGAGCCUUCGAAGCCCACAUGCAAAUGUCCCAAACGAAGUCAGGUUUGGCGAGGGCCCAGUGACACAGCUGUGCUGAGCCAUAGAAAGCAGGCUGGGUCUGCACCCUCAGCCAAGCCCCCCGGAAGACUCUCCCCCCUUCCCACGCCCACUCUGCUUUUGUGACUGCCCCUCCCUUGUAC